CAAAAUAGGAAUACUUGCUUUGCCGCUGUCAAGAAAUUGAGAAUAUUUGCCAACCCUCAAGGGGUGCCUUUUGACCUUGAUGUCUGAGAAGCACAUUUUUUCUACCUAAUUUGUCUCUGAAGAAAAGGAUCGUUCUCAUGCACCACCUGUUAAUUAGGCCUCGCUUGUUAGUACGCUAUCUGUUCGUUUGGAUUUAACACGGACACUUUUGAUUGCCUUUAAGUGGUCGGCAGCGGGCUCUGCCUUUGUGAACGGAUAGUUUAAUAGGUUCUUACACGCUAGUGUCUGUGCUAUCGUGAUUCUUGUACUGUCUGUGUACGCUGUCGCAGGCGGCAACGGCGUUCCGACUUUAUGGUCAAAGCACUGUGUGUGUACAUAUACCUGCGACCCACAUCUACACCGACAUACAAGGUUUCUACCAGGUCGACAAGGUGGCAGCCGGACCUAGCGGUACUGACGGAUCCUGUUAAUUCCCUGUUCCAACCAGGUGUGAUGCGUGAUUCUCCACCAGACACCGGCCACCCCGAGACCCGCACAGCCUCUCGCUGUCUCCCCACCACCACCAGCCGUCCCGCACAACUCUCGCCACAGUUCAAUUAUCGAUGACCGAAUUAUCAAUCUGUGCUGACUUGCUUUUGAUGCAGGUAGUGUUUCCGAGUAUCUGCCAGGAAGCCAGUCCUCCGCACCACAACAGUAAAUAAUUAUGAACUGUGUUAAUCAUCAAGCUCUAUGUUUAGUCAUCAAAAACCUUGCUCCUGUUUGACGGAAAAUCAAUGACAGUGACUUUGCCAUGUUUAGCUGUUGUUGUGUUUGAUCAUCCAGAGAACGUGCUCAGUGAAUCAGCAAGUGUCAGCGCUUGUUUCUACAUGCUGCGGGAAUAUUUGUUUAAAUCAGAACCUUGCUAUAUGCCAUGACUGUGUCUAGCUUGGUUUUAAACAGUUACUGAAACGCGCUACCCCGGUUUACCAUCCACGCCAAUUUCUCCAUCAUGACCCGUCGCAGGAACCUCCGGAAACCCAACCUGGAGGCCAUGCGCGCCGCGGUAGCGUCUGGGGGCAAGCAAGUCUUGAGGCCCCUGUCUCCCGGAGAGUCUCCUCCCCCCGGGGGUCAGGUGUACACCCUGAGGCGAGAGGACCCCCUCCAAGAUGCCCUGUUCCCAAGAUGGAGCCCUAUAUUUGUGGCGGUCGUGACGCUCGUUAUACGGGUAGUGUACGUGUGCCAGAAGAGGAACUGGUGGGUGCUCCAUCCGGAUGAAGUGUUUCAGGGACUGGAAGUGGCCCACUCCGAGGUGUACGGCUACGGCUUUCGGAUGUACGAGUACCUGCCUCCCCCAGACAGCGUGAUGACGUCAGCGGAGGACCAGGAGAACACCCUCGGCUUCUACAGCCUUCGCUCCUUCCUCUACCCACACAUCUACACCAUCUGCUUCGCCAUCGUCGGCCUCUUCAACCCCAACCUCAACCUUUUCCUGGUGGGUCGACUCAUCCACGUGGUCGUGUCGUCCUCCCUGCCUCUCGCCGUCUACCGUCUGUGUGAUGUCAUCUACGGCAGCCAUGACGUCGCCGUCCUCGCAGCCGUCUUCGUCUCCAGCUCCCUGCAUCUCACCAUCUUCGGCACACACACCCUCAUCAACAGCUUCCUCUCUCCAAUCUUCAUGUUCUGCUUAGCAGUGGUUCUCUCUGCUAUCAAACUGUCGCCAUCAGUUACCGCCAAACCCGUCCCAGACAUCCAAAAUGGCGGAAAUCCCCGACGGGACACACCUGCCGAGGACGACACACCUGGUGUGAAGGACGCUGGUGUUAAAGGCAAACCGGUGGUUUACCUGAAGGUGGAAGCUCGAAGACUCAAAUAUGCCAGUUGUGGGUUUAUUCUUGGAAUGCUGUGUUACCUGCGUCUUGACCUCGCUAUGUUCCUAGUUGUGUCAGUGACUGGCUGGCUUAUUGUUUGUGUGCGAGGGAAGGAUCACCAGAAGGUGGUGGUGUCCUCCCUCCUGACAGUGACCCUUGGUGCAUUCUGUGCAAUAUUACUCGGCGGCUGUGUCGAUUUUGUGUACUUCGGGUGGUUCUUUUUAUCCCCAUACCAGUGGAUUAACUUCAACGUCUUGAAUGGCCUCUCUAACAGAGUUUUCGGGAAAGGAUACUUUGAAGAUUAUCUCAAGAAUCUAAAUGCAGUGCCAUCAGCGGUGUUCCUCAAUCUGUGCACACUGGGAAUUAUUCCAGUGUUGUGCUGGUCACAUCACAAAAAGAUCGUUAAGUUCCGCAGCCCUGUGUUAUUUCUGGUUGGCACCCUGGUGAUGCUUUUCACCGCCUACAGCUUUCAGAGUCAUAAGGAAACCCGAAUUCUCCACAACGUGUUUGUGCUACAGGCCAUGGUCUGGGCGGGCGCCGUGCAGUCAUCACUUGCUGCCCUGGGAUCCGGGAGAGCGCUGCCCCUUCGUAGAAUCUCCUAUGUCCUGGUGACAUGUGUGGUGAUCUUACAGGCAAAUGACUGCUACAAAAAUUUUCCUAGCUCAUCCGACAAAUCAAACGCAAACUGGGCCUUCAACGGCCAUUGGGAUUCUGGUUCUGUAAACGAAUGUCUUGACUACGUGAGACAACAGAAUGACGUCACCGGUUUGUUCCUUGACUACACUGUCUAUGGAAUGGGGGGAUUUUCCGUCUUACGUAAAGACGUCCCCCUUAUCGCUCGAGUUCAUCACGAAUAUCACGAAUUCGACCCCAAGUACCUACCAAACUACAGACAAAAUAUUGACCCGAAAUUGAGAUUGAUGAAUAGACUUACAGACAUUAUGCAUGUAAAACACAGUAGAUACAUACUCGGGAGACUUGUCAACAGCACCCAAUACAACUACAUCAUCACGAAGAACGUCCGGCGAUUCCGUCCUCUCGCCUUCACGAAUGUAUACAACUCAACGGACUUCAGAGUGCUGAAAUUCUUGCCUCGCAAUCCGAACGCGACGAUCGUCAGCAGACUCAGGCUGAUCAAGGAUCUCCAGUCAUUUCCCUUCGAUGGCGAUGCUUCUAUCCUAGAAUUUGAAGGAUCCUGGUUGUUUUCUGUGGGAAGUUAUAAGAAGGCGGUUGACCGUCUCCGCGCCGCCAUCAUCGUCAACGCCAGCCGUAUCCGGCCGUUCCAGCUGAUGAGUCUGUCGUACAGCAACAUGGACAUGCUGCAGGAGGCUGCGGAUGCUGAGCAGCAGUGCUUUGCCCUGCACUCCUUCGGCAAAUGUAUUCAACCCCAGCCGCGCAUAGUGCUCAGCCCAGACUACAACUUGGAUAUCUGAAAGGACAAGCUGUCGUGUCAGUCACAACAUAGAUAUCUGAAAGGACAAGAAACUUGGACAUCUGGAAGGACAAGCUGGUGUUUCAGUCACAACAUAGAUAUCUGAAAGGACAAGCUGGUGUUUCAGUCACAUCUUGUACAUCUGGAAGGACAAGCUGGUGUUUCAGUCACAUCUUGUACAUCUGGAAGGACAAGCUGGUGUUUCAGUCACAACUUGGACAUCUGGAAGGACAAGCUGGUGUUUCAGUCACAACUUGUACAUCUGGAAGGACAAGCUGGUGUUUCAGUCACAACUUGGACAUUUGAAAUAUGAAGCUGUUGUUUCAGUCACAACUUGGACAUAUGAAAGGACAAGCUUGUGUUUCAGUCACAACUUGGACAUUUGAAAUAUGAAGCUUGUGUUUCAGUCACAGCUUGGACAUUUGAAAGGACAAGCUUGUGUUUCAGUCACAACUUGGACAUUUGAAAUAUGAAGCUUGUAUUUCAGUCACAACUUGGACAUUUGAAAUAUGAAGCUUGUGUUUCAGUCACAACUUGGACAUCUGAAAGGACAAGUUGGUCUUUCAGUCACAACUUGGACAUUUGAAAUAUGAAGCUUGUGUUUCAGUCACAACUUGGACAUUUAAAAUAUGAAGCUUGUGUUUCAGUCACAAUUUGGACAUUUGAAAUAUGAAGCUUGUGUUUCAGUCACAACUUGGACAUUUGAAAUAUGAAGCUGUUGUUUCAGUCACAACUUGGACAUAUGAAAGGACAAGCUUGUGUUUCAGUAACAGCUUGGACAUUUGAAAUAUGAAGCUUGUGUUUCAGUCACAACUUGGACAUUUGAAAUGACAAGCUUGUGUUUCAGUCACAACUUGGACAUUUGAAAGGACAAGUUUGUUUUUCAGUCACAACUUGGACAUUUGAAAGGACAAGCUUGUGUUUCAGUCACAACUUGGACAUCUGGAAGGACAAGCUGGUGUUUCAGUCACAACUUGGUAAACUGGAAGGACAAUUCAAUCUUGUGUUUCAGUCACAGCUUGGACAUUUGAAAUAUGAAGCUUGUGUUCCAGUCACAACUUGGACAUUUGGAAGGACAAGCUGGUCUUUCAGUCACAACUUGGAUAUCUGGAAGGACAAGAUGGUCUUUCAGUCACAACUUGGACCUCUGAAAGGACAAGCUGGUGUUUCAGUCACAUCUUGGACAUCUGGAAGGGCAAGCUGGUGUUUCAGUCACAACAUAGAUAUCUGAAAGGACAAGAAACUUGGACAUUUGGAAGGACAAGCUGAUCUUUCAGUCACAACUUGGACAUCUGGAAGGACAAGCUGGUGUUUCAGUCAAAACUUAGACAUCUGGAAGGGCAAGCUGGUGUUUCAGUCACAACAUAAAUAUCGGAAAGGACAAGCUGGUGUUUCAGUCACAACAUGGACAUCUGAAAGGGCAAGCUGGUGUUUCAGUCACAACAUGGACAUCUGAAAGGGCAAGCUGGUGUUUCAGUCACAACAUAGAUAUCUGAAAGGACAAGCUGGUGUUUCAGUCACAACAUGGACAUCUGGAAGGGCAAGCUGGUGUUUCAGUCACAACUUGGACAUCUGAAAGGGCAAGCUGGUGUUUCAGUCACAACAUAGAUAUCUGAAAGGACAAGCUGGUGUUUCAGUCACAACAUGGACAUCUGGAAGGGCAAGCUGGUGUUUCAGUCACAACUUGGACAUCUGAAAGGGCAAGCUGGUGUUUCAGUCACAACAUGGAAAUCUGAAAGGGCAAGCUGGUGCUUCAGUCACAACAUAGAUAUCUGGAAGGGCAAGCUGGUGUUUCAGUCACAACAUGGACAUCUGAAAGGGCAAGCUGGUGUUUCAGUCACAACAUAGAUAUCUGAAAGGACAAGCUGGUGUUUCAGUCACAACAUGGACAUCUGAAAGGGCAAGCUGGUGUUUCAGUCACAACAUAGAUAUCUGAAAGGACAAGCUGGUGUUUCAGUCACAACAUGGAAAUCUGAAAGGGCAAGCUGGUGCUUCAGUCACAACAUAGAUAUCUGAAAGGACAAGCUGGUGUUUCAGUCACAACAUGGACAUCUGGAAGGGCAAGCUGGUGUUUCAGUCACAACUUGGACAAGUGACUCAUGAAGCUGGUGUUUCAGCCACAACCACAGGGCAACGGAUAGCCAUACUAUACUGACUGUACUGAUUACAUUUUUUAUGUAAUCAGUACAGUCAGUAUAGUAUGGCUAUCCGUGGCCCUGUGGCAACAACGAUGUUUAUAUUGAAGCUGUCGCUGAACAGGAACGUUAUAACAAAAGCGUGUUUAGCAGCGAUAGCAGUACAAAACAGCGGUGCAUCCGCAUUGUUCCACGCAACCUUUGCACCACAAAUGCCGUGAUUCCUCUACUUCAACUCAUGCACUACUAAACUCGCUCCUGUGUUUUAAACGAGUGAAUAGUUCUGGGUUUACACGGGUGCGUGUUUAAUAUUAUUUUUUAUUUAUUACUUGCCAUUCUAACUUUUUUUAAAAUCACUGUCAUGUGUGAAUAGGCAGACAUCUACGCGAUCAACAGCGUAUUCCAAUUGACUUUAAAUGAAUGCUACUUCAAACACGUCAAAGGUUGACACGUAUUAAUGUAACACUAUACAUCGGAUCACCUUUAGAAUUCAAGGAUCAGUUCCACAAAGGUAUCUUAGCGCUAAGGUUGUGUGUGUGUGUGUGUGUGUGUGUGUGUGUGUGUGUGUGUGUGUGUGUGUGUGUGUGUGUCCGUCCGUAAAAACAUUUUCACCUUGUUUGGAAAGACAUUGUAACCGGAAUUCUGGCUGAGCAGACGACGCACUAAGGGACGUAACUCUAAUUUCUUACCACCCGGGUUGAUAUCGAUCGCCCAUUCAAAAUGUAUGAAUAGGCCAUACCAGCUCGGCAGGGCUGUAACAGGGGUCUGGUUAUUACACCCCCAGUUGAUAAUAGCUCGAUCGCAAAUGCAAAAUACCUCAUAUCAUCGAUGGGUAUAUGAUACACAGAUAUAUUAUAUGCCAGUACUCGUUGUAUCUACUGACAGUAACUCUAAAUGGCAAUGUCCACACUAAAGCACCAACUAUUUGUCAAUACAAAUAUUGACAUGAAGCAGACGAUCCAAAACCAUUCAAAUCUGUCAGUUUCGAUUCCAGAUAUGGGCACAGGUGGCCAAGUCGUCUAGGGCGCUGCUAUUGGCUGUACGGAGUUGCGUCCCUUGGGCACGCCAAAAACCUGUGAACGUUUGAAUCCCGAUUCGCCCCAAUUAUGUUUCUAGGUUUGUCAGCACCAUACCCGUGCUCGUGGGUUUCGCCGAAGCAAACGUCUGAGAGCUGCAUCACUUCGGGCUUUCCUCCCACGUUAAGCUGACACGCCGCGAUAUAACUGGAAUACCGUCUAAAGCGGCGUUAAACCCAACUCACUCACUCACUCAAAUCCGGAGAAGUCCGUAUCACAAUAGACGUAGAUCGAAUCUUGGACCGUUUGGACACUCCAAACAUUGGCGGACACUCCAAACAUAGAAGGGGAGCUUUCUCUUGCAGUGAUCGACCCGAUAUCAAAUUAGACGUUAUUUCCUUGUAUUUAUUGUAGAAUAUAAAGACUUAUUCAUCGUUGGUGUAAACUGCCAGGCAAAAGAAAAUAUACACUUGAAAUUAGAUUUGACCAAACCAUUACAAACGUUAUCCAAACGUUACUAGCCUGAAAACAGUUGCCGACACACUGCAAACAUAAGUCGAAAACACAACUAUGAUACCCGUAUGAAAUACGUCAUCAUUGAACAGCCAUUUCUUUUGUUACAUUUCUAGACAAAAACAUGGGUAUAUAUUUUUUUUGGCCCGGCAGUUUAGCUGACCGACAGUGAACUCACAACAUGGCUUGCUGAGAAUCAGACGUGGGGGGAGUAUAUACAGUCGUAUUAGUACCCUUGUUAUUAUAUGUUAUUAUAUGUUAUUCAUUCAACUUACGAAAGUUCGUUUGUAUGUCACAAAGCCGUCCAUCGAAAAUAUAUGCGUUCCGUCCACAGGAGUGAAAAGCGUGAUUUCGUGAUAAACACUCUCCUGAAUA